UAAGCUGUUUGCGGAUCCACUCUCGACACAUGUUGGAGAGAAAUCUGCCAUUUCAAAAUUCAGUUCCCACCACACCACCGUACAGCUAUGACUUCAACUGGAGGCCUCAGAGGAUUUUGGAUAGUUGCACUGCUGACUCUUCAUGGUGCAUAUCUAGGAGACACCCAAAGAAACUCUCUCAAUGAGCCGGACGUCCCUUUCCCGCCCGCCUGUCCCACGGCUCUAAACCUCGCUGCCAUUUGCCAUCAGGGUGAGGGUCGACCCAGAUACCCGGCCAGCUUCUUCCCGGGCUCCGGUGCCAGUCACUUCCGCCGUCGUGGAAACGCCAUCAACCGUCUGGAGUCGUGGUACAGUUUGUGCUGCGGUGGACAAGUGGCACAGCAGAGCCACCAGAUCCUCUGCUGCGCCCAGCAAGCUUGGAAACAAGCUCUGUCUCAGUUUUGUGUGGAAGAAUACGCCACUAUGACUGUGCCGUAUGAGUGCUGUGAGGACAGAGGAGACGCACGGUGGACGUGCUUCGACAGCGAGCUGCCAAACCCUAACUACAACCCAACACCAGGCUACACUGCACCACAAGUCCCUGCGGAGCUGGGAUUCACCUUCAACGCAAGUGCUUGCUAAAGUCUUUGUCUCAGAUGCUCAGAGGAGGACAAGACAUGCCGGUUUGGUUUCUGCUGUGUAAGGACAAUAAAUGCACAGUACAGUUUUUAUUUUGUCAGCUCUAUAUUUAACCCAGCUUUGUCACAACAACAGAAAAACCAUUAAAAACUGGUAGUAUUAUUUGUUACCACAAUAAAGGCUACAAUGAAGAUAUACAAGUUCUCAUGUGCUUUUUUUCUUCUGAACAAUAGUGGACUUGACAUAAAUCUGGAGAGACACCAUCUUGGCAGCUUCAGAAAAAGACAAAACUGUCGAGUUUUGAAACAAGUUAUGAGAUUUUUCCCUGCACUCAUGUAAUAAAAAGAGAGUCCACUAUGGGUCACUGUUGCGUGUGGUAGUUAUGUGUGUGAUAUUUACAGAUCAAUAAUCAAUAAGAAAAGUUUAAUUGAACUGCCUCCUGAUUGGCAAUGUGUGGUAAAAGUCACGAAUAAAAACUUUGAAACAUC